AUGUCGAAGGUUGUUCUCUUGGCUCUUCUAUUUCCGUUGGCAAUGGGUUGUUCUGAUGCCCUACCAAGUGACUUUGCUUUUAAUGCUACCGUGUCUUUGUCAAGACCGGGAGCGUUCAGGAAGGUGAUGGACGCCAUCGCCGCGGCCCCAAGCGGCAGCGAGUCCAGGUACUACAUACAUGUUGAGGCGGGUGUCUACCAGGAGAUCGUAUGCAUCUCCAAGGAAAAGACCAAUAUUGCUUUGAUAGGGGACGGUGCAGAUGUCACCAAGAUCACCAUGAACAGAAAGGUCCCUGACUUCGAAACUUGGGAAACAGCCACCUUCUCUGUUUAUGGAGACGGAUUCAUGGCCCAGUUUAUUGCAUUUGAGAACCCCGCAGGAGAGGGCAAUCAAGCCGUAGCACUUCUGAGCGAAGCUGACCAGUCAUCGUUCUACAGAUGCCGGUUCCUCGGGUAUCACGACACCUUGUACGCAAAAGCUGGGGCGCAAUUCUACAGAGAAUGCGAUAUCUAUGGAACCGUGGACUUCAUCUUUGGUCACGCAGCAGCAGUUUUCCAGCUAUGCCACCUUUAUGCCCUCCCAGCCGCCAGCGAAAUGAUCACCUUCACGGCACAAGGGAACAAGAAUGACGGAAAGAAAUCUGGAUUUGUAAUCCAUAACUGCAUGUUAACAACCGCCCCGCGGGCACGGGCACCAGGAAGCAAAAACGAGUUUAAUGGUGCAUAUCUUGGGCGGCCAUGGACCUCCUUGUCCACAGUGAUUGUGAUGCAGUCAUUCUUGGACAGCUUCAUUAACCCUGCUGGAUGGCUUGAGUGGCCCGGCCAUUCCACAUCCACAGUUACUUAUCGUGAGUAUCUGAACUCGGGACCGGGCGCAGCCACAGGCGGUCGAGUUCCAUGGCCAGGAUACAAAGUUCUCAGCCAACCCAGCGAUGCCAUGCCGUUCACUGUUGGCCAGUUUAUUGUAGGGGAUUCUUGGCUUCCAGAGACAGGAAUCCCUUAUACGAGUGGCCUCUUUUAG